AGAGAGAGAGAGAGAGAGAGAGAGAGAGAAGAUGAUGAGAGGAAUCGGCAGAUUGAUAGGGCAAUCCCUAUCCCGCCGGCAACGGAGCUCCCCCUUCCGCUCCUCAUCCCGCCGCCUCAUUUCGUCCUCCGCGGCCUCCUCCCCUCUCCGGCGAUCGGCGCUGCUGCUCCCCGGUCCGGCCGCAUCGAGCCCUCCUCUCUUCUCCCAGAAAUGGAACCCCUUCGCAGUGCAGAGGAGGAGCAUGUUCAUCCAAACUCAGUCCACUCCCAAUCCAAUGUCGCUGAUGUUCUACCCUGGGAAGCCGGUUAUGGAAGUCGGCAGUGCAGAUUUUCCGAAUGCUCGCACUUCCAUGAAUUCGGCACUAGCAAGAGCCCUCUUUGGCAUCGAUGGAGUUACUCGAGUUUUUUAUGGAUCGGAUUUUGUGACUGUAACUAAGUCCGAUGAUGCCUCUUGGGAUCUUCUUAAACCUGAAAUAUUUGCUGCUAUCAUGGAUUUCUAUUCUUCUGGGCAGCCAUUAUUUCUAGACUCGCAAACUGCAUCUGCUAUGGACACAGCUAUACAUGAAGAUGACUCAGAAACUGUUGCCAUGAUCAAAGAAUUGUUGGAGACUCGCAUUCGACCUGCGGUGCAAGAUGAUGGUGGAGACAUUGAGUAUCGGGGAUUUGAUCUGGAUACUGGUAUAGUCAAGUUGAGGAUGCAAGGGGCAUGUAGUGGCUGUCCUAGCUCUUCGGUCACCCUUAAAUCUGGGAUUGAAAAUAUGUUGAUGCAUUACGUGCCAGAAGUCAAAGGUGUCGAGCAAGAUAUGGAUGCCGAAGAUGAAGAGCAAGCUUUAACUGGGCAAAUGGAGUAAGUUGAUGCGUCUUUUCUGGUCCUAAUUAUAAAACCGGGGAUGAGAGCCAAAGAGGUAUUUGGUGCUCGAUGUAAAGUAAAAGUAGCAGUUUUGAUCAUCCUAAUCUCAUGGCUGUAAGAUUAUUGAGGGCAUAAUGAGGUUAAGGCUUGUGCCUGUAUACUUGUGACAUGGAACUGGAUGCUUGUUUAUCGUGCACGAGUUGGAAGCGGUUGUACUAUUUCAGUUCCAGCACUCGUUUCCAUCAUCCUCUGAUCAUGAAUUGAUUGAGACUAUUGAAUCGUUGCCAAGAAUUGGCGUCUCUUUCCCUC